CGAGUAGUGUUGUCCCAUCAGCUGAUUAUUAUAAACAGACGCAGCAGCAUCAACACGCAUCUCCUCUUAUUUCUCGCUUUAUCUCGAGACCAUGUAGUGAUGCCGCAUCUUUCCACAUCCUUUGCUAUCCUCCUAUGUUUGUGCUCCGCGUGCAAUGUCCUUUGUUCCGAUCUGGAGCAAGAUGUGAGAGUGGGGGAGGGAAAUGGGACGGCCGCCUUGCAAGAUGAGGUGGCUCCUGCACCUGUUCCGGAUGGAGCUUUGACAGGUGGUUCCGUGUUGCAGAUGUCUUGCAGUCCCGGUGAAGAUUUAAACCCUCAGGACAUGACAUACUCAAUGAACAAGACUUACAAGAUCACUGUCAUUCCGAAUCGUACCGUCCUACAGAUAGAGAUCACUGACAUCAACUUGGAAGACACAGGAUUCCUGAUCGUACAAGCACACUCGCAGAUACAGUACCUUAUUCUCAGUCAGAAUCCGAGCUUCGACUUGGAAGACAACUUCGUCAACAACACCGACCCCGGGAUAGUCGUCUUCAUGGAGGAGCCCACGGGUAGCCCCGGGACUACCAACGCGACGGCGAAGGAAGCCACCGCCAAGGAGGCCACGGCGAAGGAAGCCCCCACGAUCACGAAACGCGUCUACCUCGCCAACUGCCACGACAGGAAUGUGUCCGUGUUGUUCAUGGUCCGGAAUUACAGCAGGCACGAGCCGGUGCCGGGAGGGUACUACCCGACGGCCAUCGGGGAGCGGCCCCCCCACCUCCCCCAGCCCUUCCUGGUGGUGGAGCCCAACAUCCUGACGACGAGGGCGUCCUUCCGCGCCGCCUCCUUCCCCCUGCACGAGAAGGAGCCCUACUACGAGGACCUCACCUACGAGACCUUCCUCACCUACAUGUACGAGCGGGACCUGAGCGAGAGGAAGUACUGGCACAGCCUGAUCGCCACGAGCACGCUGGAGGACAUCCGGGCCAAGGCAGUGCGGGUCUCCGUCACGAAGAACAACAACACGGCGGAGAUGUUUGGGGCACUGGUUCGUUUCUACUCCGGCGUGGGGGCGGUCGUCAGCGUGAUCGUCUCCUACAACAACUCCGGGGGGGCCCUCUACUCCGCCGCCGUGUCCUAUGGCUGUGACUUCAUCGACGCCGAGGAGUACCGGUGUACCAAGCUGGGUUAG